UCCGGUAAUCGUGAAUGCCUCGGUAAAGGAGCACCGUUCCUGAAGAAAAGCAGGAGCAGAGAGCGCCUCAUACUGAGAGUGUGGUCUGUCCAGAAAAUAUCCUGCACAUUGCAGAGUAACCCGGCGCCUAUUUGGCUGCUUUCUUAUUUCUGGUCGACGAUCUGCGGGCGAUUGGAGUUUAAUCUCAGUGCGGCUGCGCUAACUGCUGGGGAUCUUGCAAACCGUUAACGUUAGUCUGAGAAGCGAGCUAGCCUUUAGCAGCGAUGUCGGGUGUUGUGCGAGGCCCUGCUGGGAACAACGACUGUCGAAUUUAUGUGGGAAAUCUUCCUCCUGAUAUUCGAACAAAAGAUGUGGAAGACGUUUUCUACAAAUAUGGGACAAUUCGAGAUAUCGACCUGAAGAACCGAAGAGGGGGGCCUCCUUUUGCCUUCAUUGAGUUCGAGGACCCUAGGGACGCUGAUGAUGCUGUCUAUGGGCGUGAUGGUUAUGACUACGACGGCUACAGACUGCGUGUGGAGUUUCCUCGGAGCGGCAGAGGCUCAAGAGGCGGUUUCGGUGGGAUCGGUGGAGCUCCCAGAGGCAGAUAUGGACCCCCGUCCAGGCGCUCAGAGUACAGGGUCGUUGUGUCUGGACUCCCACAGAGUGGCAGCUGGCAGGACUUGAAGGACCACAUGCGUGAAGCAGGCGACGUGUGCUACGCCGACGUUUUCAGAGAUGGAACCGGAGUCGUAGAAUUUGUGCGCAAAGAAGACAUGACCUAUGCCGUUCGAAAGCUGGACAACACCAAAUUCCGCUCACAUGAGGGAGAGACCGCUUACAUUCGCGUGAAAUUAGAUGGUCCCCGCAGCCCAAGUUAUGGAAGAUCACGCUCCCGAAGCCGUGGCAGCCGGAGCAGGAGCCGCAGUCGCAGUGCCAGCCGCAGCCGCAGCAAUUCCCGUGGCCGUGGCAGAGGAUCGCCCCGCUACUCGCCUCGUCACAGCCGCUCUCGUUCCCGUUCCUAAACCUUUCUACCACCAAUGUUUUCCCUUUUGAUGUAUACCCUCCUGUUUUUACCUCUUAUGAGUUUUCCAGAUGUCAGCAAUUGAUUUUUAAUUUUUGCAUUUCAUGUCCCGAUGUCCUUGUGGAUGAUCUUGGUAUGUAGAUGUGCCCCACCCCCACCCCCCCAUCCCUUUCCCCACCCUCUGUCAUUUUUCCCCCCCUUCUUUCUGUCUCAAUUUUUGCAACAGUAGAAAUUGUGCUGUGUUGAACUUCAAAAACUUUGAGUUACAACCUGCACUCAAUGUUUUUGCAAGUGUUGAAAACUGAGUUUUGUCUUUGUUUAUUUCUUUCUUUAAAAAAAAAAAAAAAGCUUCUCAUUGGAUAUGUGGGGUGGGCUGUUUGGAUCGGGAGCCUGAUGCUUAACUGUAUUUUACCCUUGUGUCUUCCUUUAGACAUCUGAAGAGAAGGAUUAAAGUGAUUUGGAAUAAAA